AACAAUUUAAGGGCGCCAAACUCUAAAAUGAUAUUAAUUUGUCAUAUUUCAUAUAUCUAACAGAUGUAAUAACAUGCCUCUGUCAACUCAGUCCCAAUCCGAUGUUGACCAGUACAUCCUGAUAGCCAGUUUGGACAAUGCAAGGAAUCUGUCCAACAUCCUAAAAGCCAUCUCUUUCAAGGAUCAUGCCAUCUUCAAUGCAACACAGAAUGGGUUGAAAGUCACAGUUGAGGACUCCAAAUGCCUUCAGGCCAAUGCAUUCAUUCAGGCUGACAUCUUUCAAGAAUACAUCAUCAAAGAGGAUGCAGUUGGCUUUCAGGUUAACUUAACUGUUCUUCUCGAUUGCCUCACCAUCUUCGGGGGAAGCACAGUGCCAGGUGUGUGCACCGCCUUGAGAAUGUGCUACAAUGGAUAUGGAUAUCCACUAACUUUGUUCCUGGAAGAAGGUGGUGUGGUCACUGUAUGCAAGAUUAACACACAGGAGCCCGAGGAGCCCAUAGACUUUGACUUUUGCAGUACAAACGUGACCAACAAGGUGAUUCUGCAGUCGGACAGUCUUAAAGAGGCUUUCUCUGAGCUGGACAUGACCAGUGAGGUUCUGCAGAUUACCAUGUCACCGAGCCAUCCUUACUUCAGAUUAUCCACAUUUGGUAAUUCUGGAAAUGCCCAUUAUGAUUAUCCCAAGGACUCAGACAUGAUGGAGCUGUUCCAGUGUACAAAAAUACAGACCAACAGGUAUAAGAUGUCCCUGUUGAAACCGUCCACAAAAGCCUUGGCCCUGUCCUGUAAAGUGUCGGUCAGAACUGACAGUCGAGGCUUCCUCUCUCUACAGUAUCUCGUGAGGAAUGACGACGGUCAGAUUUGUUUUGUGGAGUACUACUGCUGCCCGGAUGAAGAAGUGGAGGAGGAAUAGGUUCAUGCAUGAUGAUCUCCUUUUUUAGGUUUAAUAAUGUAUAUAGUUUGUCCUGCACUAAUGUUAUCAUUUAUUAAAAAUAAAAUAUAAAGUAAUGUCAUAAACCAAAUAAACUUCUAUCAUUGAAGAGAUAGUUCAUCCUAAAAGAAAAAUGUACUUUCCAAUUUACUCACCCUCAAGUGUUUCUGUUUUUAAAACAUAAAAAGAUAUUUUGAAGAAUGUUGAAAAUUAGUAGACAACUGGAAUCUUCUAGUUUCCAAGAUUUUUUUUACAAUUUUCAGUUGCAUUUAACUGAGGAAAGAAAUUUAAAUAUGGUGGAACAAGUUGAAAGUGAAUGAAUGAUGACAGAUUAAUUAUUUAGGGUGAAUUAUCCCUUUAAUUAGAAACAUUCUAUUAAGUUUGGACGAUUCCCUGUGUGAUCGGCAGGGGGCGCGAGGGAAUUGUAUGUUAGGCUUUUACUGGAGCAGCCUGAUGUUUUAAUAAAUAUGAAAUAUAUAUGUUAAAAAUAGACAUGUUUUCAAUUCUGCUUUUAGUAUUCUCCUAAAUAUGUGUCUGUGUAUUCACAUUUUAUGAAUGUUCCAGCCCACAAAGUACAAUUUCAAUUGUUCCUUGUAUAUUUACAGUCAUCUAAAUGAUUAGAAUACAACAAAUAAGUU